CAUGAGGCCUUUUUAUCUUGUCCUGUCCCCUCUGAGCUCAGGACCUCCACCUCCAGCCCUGUCUGUCUGACAGACUUCUCUUCAGACGCAACAGAUCUGCUUCUUCAUUGUGGUCAGUGUUGGAUCUCUAGAAUCUGUAAGAUGCCGCUUUCACGUUCACUGUCCCUGACAUCACUGAGCGGAGUGCUGCCGGUCUGGGACGAGGAUGAGCUCCCAGUGGAAGACCUGCUGCUCUUUGAGGUGGCCUGGGAGGUCACCAACAAAGUUGGAGGAAUCUACACGGUGAUCCAGUCCAAAGCGAAGAUCACAGUGGAUGAAUGGGGUGAGAACUUCUACAUGAUGGGGCCCUACUUUGAACACAACUUCAAGACUCAGGUGGAGGGCUGUGAUCCUCCCAAUCCUGCCAUCAGAAAGGCCAUGGAUGCUCUCAUUCACAACGGCUGUCAGGUUCAUUUUGGCCGUUGGCUAAUUGAGGGCAGCCCCUAUGUGAUCCUGUUCGAUAUUGGCUCAGCAGCCUGGAACCUGGACCGCUGGAAAGGAGAACUGUGGCAGACCUGCAACAUUGGCCUCCCGUACCAUGACCGAGAGGCCAAUGAUUCACUCAUCCUGGGCUCCUUGAUUGCCUGGUUCUUCAAAGAGUUAACAGACAACCUUGGAGACAAGCCCAAUGUCAUUGGUCAUUUCCAUGAGUGGCAAGCAGGUCCUGGGCUUAUUCUCUCUCGCUCCCGCAAGAUUCCUAUGGCAACAGUAUUUACAACACAUGCCACCCUGUUGGGAAGAUACCUCUGUGCUGGAAAUGUUGACUUUUACAACAACUUAGACAAGUUCGACAUUGACAAGGAGGCAGGUGACAGGCAGAUCUACCAUCGAUACUGUCUGGAGAGAGCAGCAGUCCACUGUGCUCACGUCUUCACCACAGUCUCUCAGAUCACUGCUGUGGAGGCCAAACACAUGCUGCACAGAAAACCAGAUGUUGUGACCCCAAAUGGGCUAAAUGUGAAGAAGUUCUCAGCUAUGCAUGAAUUUCAGAACUUGCACUCCACCAGCAAGGCCCGCAUUCAGGAGUUCGUCAGAGGACACUUCUACGGUCAUCUGGACUUCAGCCUGGACAAAACCCUCUUCUUCUUCAUUGCUGGACGGUAUGAGUUCUCCAACAAGGGAGCUGAUAUUUUCCUUGAGUCACUGUCCAGACUCAAUUACCUGCUGCGGGUCCACAGAAAUGAUAUGACAGUGGUAGUUUUCUUAAUCAUGCCGGCUAAAACCAACAACUUCAAUGUGGAGUCGCUGAAGGGACAGGCAGUACGGAAACAGCUCUGGGAUACAGCUCACACUGUGAAGGAGAAGUUUGGCAAAAAGCUGUAUGAUGCUCUGCUAAAAGGACAGAUCCCUGAUAUGAACACCAUUCUGGACAGAGAUGACUUUACUAUUAUGAAGAGAGCCAUUUAUGCCACUCAGAGACACAGCCUUCCUCCAGUGACCACUCACAACGUGCUGGAUGACUCCACAGAUCCCAUCCUGUCCAACGUCAGACGCAUUGGUCUCUUCAACUCCAGGAAUGACCGUGUCAAGAUCAUCUUCCACCCUGAAUUCCUGUCCUCCACCAGUCCUCUGCUGCCCAUGGACUAUGAAGACUUUGUCCGUGGCUGUAACCUUGGAGUGUUCCCUUCCUACUAUGAACCAUGGGGAUACACACCUGGUGAGUGUAGUGUCAUGGGUAUUCCCAGUGUGACCACCAACCUGUCAGGUUUUGGCUGCUUCAUGGAGGAGCACGUCUCAGACCCUGCUGCCUAUGGUAUCUACAUUGUGGACCGGCGGUUCCGUUCACCUGAGGAAUCUUGUAACCAGCUGACCCAGUUCAUGUUUACUUUCUGCCAGCAAUCUCGGCGUCAGCGUAUCAUCCAACGGAAUCGAACUGAGAGGUUGUCGGACCUGCUGGACUGGAAAUACCUGGGACGGUUCUACAUACACGCCCGCCAUCUGGCACUCAGCAGAGCUUUCCCUGAUAAGUUCAAGACCGACCCCAUGGCCCCUCUGAAGACGGAGGGUUUCCGGUACCCCCGGCCCUACUCAGUGCCCCCCUCCCCUUCUGCCUCUAUCCACUCCACCCCCCACCACAGCGAUGUGGAGGAGGAUGACGAUGAGCCCUAUGAUGAAGACGAGGAGGCUGAGAGGGACCGCCUGAACAUCAAGGCACCUUUUGUGCUGGGCACCGUACCGGAGGGUAAGAAGAAGCAACCGGGAGAGUCUGGAAACUGAAAUUUACUGCUGUUUAUACACAGGUUUAGACAAUCAGCCUGUGCUUCUGCUGGACAUAAAAAUCAGCGUCUGAUUAGCAGAUGCAGUCUACACUAGUGACAGAGAUCACAUCUCCUCCUGCCCAUGCCAUCACCUACUACACUUCCACCUUGUUUUCAGCCUAAUCACCUGAAAACAAGGUUUUUUUAUGGAAGUUUAGAUUUAAAACAUUUUUGAAAAGAUGCAUAGCAAUACUAGUACAUUGUAAAUCCCUUCAAACUUUUUCAACAUGCUCCUCUGCUGCCUUAGACAGAUGAAUUCAUUGAACUGAGGUUGGAUAAUUAGCUUGAAGCCAUUUCACAGCCUUUAAAAAUGUUAACUGAACAUGAUUUUUCAUUUCAUGAGUUGACUAAAUGUAAGAUAUCAAGUAGAAUGCUAUCUAUUACAGACAGAUCUGCUUUGUUUUUCAAUAUUCUCAUUUUGAGUCACUCUUUAGGUUGUGCAUUUGACAUGAUGAACUUAAAGAGAGAUGAACCACUGACAGCACACAUGUUUGUUCACAAUGGCUUUCAUUGUGGUCCACAGUUUUUGUUGUGAGUAUAAUAAUUCAACAUGUGUUAAAUACACACAGCAAGGGUCCAACAUAUAUAGCAAGAUCUAUUUCAAACUACAAAACAGGUGUUUCUGAAAGGGUUUCACCCUUAAAAAUAUGCAUUCUGGAAUUUCCUUAUGUUCUGAUUAUUUCAAUGACUUCAGUAAACUCUCAGUAGUGCACUCAUUCAACGCUGCUACAAAUGACCAAAGAUUUCUUUUUAGUUGACUUAAUGAUUGAUAGAAGGUCAAUGUCUGUUAGGUUUAUGAGAAAAGAUCAGCCAAUUUCAACAAAUUCCUGGAUUAUGAUGUAUAUAAUACUUGGUUGGAAUAUAAUCACAUUAACUAGGACAGCCCUACUACAAACCACUGUCCUUAUUUAAUAGACAGACAUCUGUUCCUCUGUGGCUCAGUUUGACAUGUUCUCCACAUGAGUAUCUGUUUUCAUCCCUAAGCCAGACUGAAAAUAUUAUUUGGACAAUUACAUAUUUUAUGUUCUUCAGGUUUUGUGUUUUAGUGCAUUCAAUCUGAAAUAAAAUAGGUAAUGCUA